AUGGCACGACUGGGACAUCCAGCUGGCGAGAAGGGAAUCGCCGAGGGAUGUCGAUCUUUUGGGAGUCUACAAAUCAUCGCGACUAAUUCCUCUUUGUCUCCGGAACAAGUUGUUGCCGAUGCACCAGAAACACAGGUAUUCGGGUGGCAGCUCUAUGUCCAGCUAAACCGGAAAUCAAGUGAAGAGAUGCUAGCACGCAUCAAUCGUUUGGGUCGAAUCAAGUUUAUUGUCUUGACACUCGACGCACCAGUCUCCGGCAAAAGGGAAGACGACGAACGACUCAAUAUUCAGUUUCAUUCCACUGGAAGCGUAAGCACUCAGCUGUUUGCCGGGACCGAUCCAUUCCUCACAUGGACGGAGACGCUGGAAUGGCUAUCGGAACAUACUACAAUGCCAAUUGUUCUAAAGGGAGUUCAAACGCAUGAGGAUGCUCUCAUGGCGGCGCAACAUGCACCGUUCGUCAAGGCUAUCGUUUUAUCGAAUCAUGGAGGACGAUCGCUCGAUACAGCACCCCCUGCUGUUCACACUCUUCUCGAAAUCAGAAAGUACUGCCCACGUGUAUUCGACAAACUGGAGGUCUGGGUAGAUGGUGGAAUACGCCGAGGUACAGACGCCGUGAAGGCAAUGUGUCUAGGUGCUAAAGGUGUUGGUAUUGGUCGACCGGCGCUUUGGGGACUCGCGGCUGGUGGCGUUGAGGGAGUUGAACGGACUUUACAGAGUCUGUAA